AGCAAAGUAGGGACCAAACAAAGUAGAGUCUGUCAGAUUGGCGUGCCCAGCAAAGCACUCUAUAUUUUCUUUCUUUCUUUCUUUCUUUCUUUCUUGUGAGAUUGGGGAGGGAGGAACCACAUUAGCCUUCAGCCAAAAAGCAACCCACCCACUUUGCGGUUGCAGCAGCAGCGCAAGAAAAAAGUAAAAAAAAUAAAAUAAUAUUAAAAAAAACCAAAGAUUUACAGCUAGUAUUUGUUAAAUUCCUAUGGGUUCGUGAGGGGGUGUACUGGGAAUUCAGAUUCGGAGUAUAAAAAGAUUUGAGUGGAGAAAAAAAGCGGAGUGGUGGUGGGGGCGGUGGUGCUGAUUCUAAAGAGAUAGAAGAGGCUUUGGGAACAUUCUGCGCUUGGCUUUUUGCGAAAACAUGGUGUUGCUAUGGUGGCUGGCAAAGAUUAGGGACAACUCAUCUUUUUGAUGGGUGGUUUUCUCUUUUCGUGUGUGUGUGUUCUUUGCUCGCUUGGGGCUAAUCAUCUUUUUUUUUUUUUUUUGGAUCAGCUAAAGAUAGUAGUAUUUGCAGCAGCAACAGCAUAUUGUUGUGCUUGGACCAUUUGCAUUACUAUUUACUAACUCUCUCAUGUUCUCUAUUUUCAUUGGGCUCUUAGGUUAGGUUUCUUCAAGUUAUUGUAUAAAUUUCAGUUUAGGAGGCACACAGAUUCAAGAGGGGAAUUGGGGGAGAAGAUAAAAGGUGAUAAAAACAAGGGCUGUGGGCUCUGCUAUAACCAACUAUAAUAGCAUUGCUGAUAGCCUGAUACAGUGAUACACUUUUUUUCUUCAAGAACAAAAUCGCUUCGUUUUCUCGGAUUUGUUUUGUUUUCGGGAUUUAAUUGAGUUGGUGAAGGUGAAGAAGGUGAGGGUGAAAAGAGGAUCAAUAUGAAGUUCAUGAAACUUGGGUCCAAACCUGAUCAGUUUCAGAGCGAAGGCGAUAAUAUCAGGUACGUAGCGACUGAAUUGGCAACUGAUGUGGUUAUCAACGUCGGGGAUGUGAGAUUUUAUCUACACAAGUUUCCUCUUCUGUCCAAGAGUUCUCGCUUGCAAAAACUGGUUGCCUCUUCAAAUGAAGAUAGCAACGACGAGAUUAACAUCCACGAUAUUCCCGGUGGACCGGCUGCAUUUGAAAUUUGUGCAAAGUAUUGUUACGGCAUGACAGUUACCCUUAAUGCCUACAACGUGGUUGCUGCUCGAUGUGCAGCCGAGUACCUGGAGAUGUAUGAAACAGUUGACAAAGGAAACCUUAUCUACAAGGUUGAAGUCUUUCUUACGUCCAGCAUUUUCAGGAGCUGGAAAGACUCGAUUAUUGUUCUUCAUACAACCAAAUCUUUUCUUCCUUGGUCGGAGGAGCUGAAAAUUGUUAGCCAUUGCCUUGACUCCGUCGCUUUUAAAGCAUCAAUUGACCCCUCCAAGGUCGAGUGGUCAUAUACCUAUAACCGUAAGAAGCUUCCAUCUGAAAACCGGGACGAUUCUCACUGGAACGGAGUCCAAAAGCUACACAUGGUCCCGAAUGACUGGUGGGUAGAGGACCUUUGUGAGCUGAGUAUAGACUUAUACAAACGAGUCAUAACGAGUAUAAAGUCGAAGGGGCAAACAUCUGCUGACAUAAUCGGAGAAGCGUUGAAAGCAUAUGCUUAUAGGAGGCUGCCCGGGUUCAGCAAGGGGGGCGCAGUACAAGGAAGCGAUCCUGUCAAGUAUCGGCACGUGGUCGACACGAUUACAGGCUUAUUGCCCCCCGAGAAAAACAGCGUUCCCUGCAGUUUCUUGCUCAAACUGUUCCAAGCAUCCAUCACUUUGGAUUGCGGGGAAACACAGAGACGAGAGCUGAUGAGAAGGAUCGGGCUGCAACUGGAAGACGCUACCGUAGCUGAUCUUUUAAUUCAAGCACCCAAAGACGAGCAAACCGUAUAUGAUAUCGGCAUAGUACACGACCUAGUCGAGCAGUUUCUGAUGCAGGAACAACGUUUUCAGGUCGAAUGCACAGCAGAUAACGAGUUCCAGGAUAUGUGCCCCGUGUUCACUUCAGAUGCUUCAAAGGCUAAGGUGGCUAGGCUAGUUGAUGGCUACCUUACCGAAGUUGCAAAAGACCCCAAUUUACCAUUGUCGAAAUUCGUUGAUCUUGCAGAGAUGGUAUCUGGAUUCCCCAGACCGUCACAUGAUGGAAUUUACCGCGCAGUUGACAUGUUUCUCAAGGAACAUCCUGGGAUCACUAAAAGUGAAAGGAAAAAGAUAUGUCGGCUUAUGGAUUGUAGGAAGCUAUCGGUGGAGGCCUGCAUGCACGCUGUGCAAAACGAGCGGCUUCCACUGCGAGUGGUCGUACAGGUUCUGUUCUUCGAGCAAGUAAGAUCUGCAACAUCAUCCGACGAGGGCAGCACUUCCACCCUCCCGGGAUCAAUCAGGGCGCUGCUACCGGGAGGGUCCCACGGGAGCUCGCGGACCACUACAACCAACACCGAGGAGGAUUGGGACGCUGUGCCCACAGCCGAGGAGCUCAAGGCUUUGAAAGGCGAGCUCGCGACUCUGAAGUUAAGGGACGGAGCAGGAAGCAACGACGGUCAGGCUACGAACGAUGCGAAAACCAGCGCUGAAAAGGCGGCCACGAACAAAGUAAAGAACUUAAUCGUGUCGAAGAAGAUCUUCUCGAAGCUGUGGUCGAACAAAGAUAGGCACAGCGAAAACAGCAGUUCGGAUACCUCAGACAGCCCUGCAUCAACCACCGGGGACGAGACGAAGUCCACUCCGUCGAGAAGUAGGAGACACUCCUUGUCUUAGCAGAGAAGGGUGGGGAUUCUAUCGACAUAUGUAAAUGGUAUUGUUCCAGUUUACAUUAGGAGUAGAAUCAAAUGAUGUCUGCGAGCUAACAACUGUGAAUGUAAGCAGUAGUUAACUUUCCCUAUGUAAUUCUUUAGCAGCAUUAGUUUGUGUUUGUUUUCACAAUGUAGAGCACAGCUCAGAACAGAUAUUUUCUGUCUAAGGUUUUGCAUUGUAUUUUGUUGUCCCUGCAAGAAAUAUAGCAGGUUUUUAUCCUGUAGUUUAACUAUCAGUUUAGGAGAAA